AGCAUCCCAAUCUAUAGGAAAAUUUAGGAGAAUGGGCACAAUUGCUGCAGACCCGAGUUUAAGCCUACAGAUUGGGAGAGGCUCAAACCAACAUGGGGCCGUGGUGGAGGAAAUCAACGGGUUAAUCAAAGUCUACAAAGAUGAGUACGUGGAGAGACCCCCGAUGGUUCCACAUAUAUCUACUGCUCUGCCUCCGGAGUUCGGCGUGAUAUCGAAAGAUGUCUCAAUUGAUAAGUUCACAAACAUCUGGGCACGUUUUUAUGUGCCCAAAUGUUCUAAUUCUGGAAGGCUCCCUUUGGUUGUCUACUUCCAUGGAGGCGGGUUCUGCGUCGGUUCUGCUGCUUGGAGUUGCUACCAUGAGUUUCUGGCGAGACUUGCAGCACAUGCAAGCUGCAUAAUCAUGUCUAUCAACUAUCGAUUAGCUCCGGAAAACCCUCUUCCGGCUGCCUACGAAGAUGGGUUGAAAGCCCUGUUAUGGCUAAAACAGGGUGCUCUAAAUGGGUCUGGUGAGGAAUGGUGGCAGGGGAUGUGCAAUUUGUCCAGUGUCUUCCUCGCGGGAGACAGCGCUGGUGCCAAUAUAGCCCACAAUGUGGCCGCCAGAUCAAUUACAAACUCCUUAAAGCCAUUAAUUUUAAAGGGUACGAUUUUAAUUCAACCAUUCUUCGGAGGAGAGGCACGUACGGAUUCCGAGAAGGUUCAAUCUCCUCAGUCGGCACUCAGCCUGGCCGCCUCGGAUACAUAUUGGCGGCUGGCGUUGCCAGGGGGAACUAACCGUGACCAUCCGUGGUGCAAUCCUUUGGCAAAGGGGUGGACGAAAUUGGGGGAGAUGAGGCUGCCCCCAACUCUGGUGUGCGUAUCCGAAAUGGAUAUAUUGAAAGACAGGAACUUGGAGUUCUGUGCGGCGCUGGCGAAAGCUGGGAAGAGGGUGGAGCAUGUGGUGUGUAAAGGUGUAGGCCAUGCGUUUCAGGUUCUGGGUAAGUCUCCGCUCUCCCAAUCUCGAACACUUGAACUUAUGGCUCAUAUCAAGGCAUUCAUUUCUUGAACCGGUGGUUCAUUUUGAUGUAACAUCAUAGUCUCAUAUUCAGAGUUAAAGCAAUUACAAAGCAUGCUUAAAACUUAAAAGCGCUUUAAUUUUUUGAUGGGCUAUUUGUAUAUGUUUGCUACAAAGCAAAAUUCUACAAGGAUCAUUAUUAUUAUUAUUAUUUUAUACGAGGGGAAUUGGGGGUAAGGGGAAGAGAAAAUGAAAGUAAUGAAGUUCG